AUGUAAGUACUGACCAACAUAAUCUUUAUUCAUCAAUGUAACAUCCACACGAGUGAGUCGAGGGCCCGAAACAGUUUAACGUAGAAUUCCACAACUAACAGAUGAAAAAAAGUAUAAUCAGUUGAGAAAGAAAAAAGGACGAGCAAAAAAAUACCAUCAAAUUUUUUACCUCCCCCCUCCUCAAAACCCCACCACCCACCUUGCUAGGACUAGAAGCCGGCCUCAGAAUCAAACUCAACCUUGUGUCAGGGGUGGGUAGAGAAGGCAAAGAUCAGGCUGAUUAAUCAUUAGAUGACUUGGUAAUUCGUUCAGUUUACUAGACAUAAUUGUUAAUUCAUGUAAUGCAUAUAAUACGGACCGACCAAGGUGGAUGAAUAACAUUUUUUUCAAAGAGUUAAACAAAUGCUUGCUGAAAGAGCCCGAAUGAUUUAGGACUGUAUUUACGGCAAGAUCCUCCCAGCCAUAAACUGAAAAAAAAUUUGGCGAGUAGAUAGUAUAGAAAAAAAAGAGGUGAUGCAAAUUAAAGAGAGAGGCCUCACCAACACAGUUUUAUUGUGUAAAGAUAAAGGUAAUUUAAAGGGCUUCCAAGCAAUCUUUGAAACAUGACUAUCAUGGCGAUGUUUUCUUUAAAAACAAUCAUUGAUCUUGAGGAGAGUAUUAUACACUUCCAUCGGCGAUUAAUACCCGUAGAUUUAUCUCUGUUUAGUUUUAAAUGACAAAGAAAGUCAGGGGAUUUAAUGCUGCGUUUAUACGCAGGCUAGUAUCUGCUACGGUAGCAAAUUCGGAGGGUGAGUAUUUGCUACAGUAGCAAAUACGGAGAGUGGGUAUUUGUUUCGCAAAGGUACGUAUUUUCCACCGCAGCAAAUACACAUAGUGAGUAUUUGUUACGGUUGCAAUUACGUCACUACCUAGAUAUGUAUUUUAUCGCGUUUUUCUAUGGAAUUCGCGCAAAAUGUACUCUCAUGCAACAAUAAAUCUCAAGUAAUAGUGUAGUUUGAACGUCCGGGUGAGUGUAGUCCUGGCAAAAACCACUGAUGCCAAACAAUUGGUGCAUUUCUGAGAUGCCAGAAAAAUGACGACGAUUUGCCUCGUACAACCUGCUCGAGUGUUCGUGGCCACAUGAUGUGGUGUUUGUGAAUAACUAAAUACUCGGUUCCGGGCUAGCAGGUGGUUCAAAUUACCUAAGUAUUACCGCAGUUUUCUUUUAAGAGUUUGGAGAUGUUUCUUUUGUCCUAUUUCUCUCAUCAAAUUCACAACGGGACAGUUUUUGUACCAACUUCUCGUAUUGUUUGUCGUUUUUAAGUCACUUUGUCGCGCUAAGGAAAUUGAAAUUAAACAUUACAGUUUGGAUUCAGUUUUUUAAAAGGAUCAAUCUCAUAAUUCUGGAAUCGUUCGUUUUUGUUGAAAACUGCCAUAAGGAACUCCUUGGUUAUUUCUGUAAGCACAAUAGCAAAAAAAUAUUCUUCCCUCCUCGUUGACAAAAUUCUUUACGACGCAGACUGCGCGGAUAUGUCGCCCUAUGGCGAUAUACUGAACUCGCUAGGAUCUAUAAGAAUCAGUUUUUCACGUUGGGUAUAUUUAUCUAUAGAUAAACAUAAUAACCCACGUACCAGAGAAUAAACACAGAUCAAUAGACCAAAGUCUGAAAAGCUUCAGUUUAUCUAAAAAUUCUUCUUUUAAUCUUUGGUAACCUUUGUAGAAUACAAGAGCUAAAUCGAUGAGUUUGUAAUUACAAUAUCGAAAGUGGGGGAAAUAAAAUUUCUAACGGAGGAGGUGGCUUGUGAAAUUGAAGAUGACCCCUAAUACAGUGUCAAAUUACUUAUUUGCGUCUCUAUGUAGAACAGUCGUGGGUGAGGGUGGGAGGGGAAGGGGAAGGGGGAUAAGCGAAAACUGGCUCGUUCACAUCCUGGACGAUGACCUCAAAAUCAGAAAAGUCUUGAAUUAUUUCAAAAUGUAAUAUUUGCAUCAGAGAAUUUUAUCUUGACCAUCUCGCCAAUUUUAUUCAUCGUAUUUCCUUAAAUAAUUGCCCGGGCGCCUGUUUUAAAUUUAAGGAAGCCGCUUAAUCAAGGGGGACGCUUGUAAAGAAAUAAUAACCUGUACUGAUUAAGCCGUAGUUGAAGGUUUAAGAAUUAUAGAUAAAGUGACAAUAGAAACAGGUUUUCUCGUAUCUGAAAAAGCGAGGGAGGAGGGGGCGGUGGCUUAUUCGAGGGGCGCUUGAAACGUAACAAAACGAGGCUUUCUUUCGGUAGGAGUCAUAUGAAGUUAUAAGCUUUAUAUAACAGUGCAUUUUUAAUAUUUGAUGUGAUGAUUUUAUUCUUGUUCACAGGGACUUAUCUCAUAAUCAGUUAAAGGACUUACCCUCAGAAGUCUUCGGAAAGCUUUUGAGGCUCAGAAGACUGUAAGUACCAACCAACAUAAAUCUUUAUUUACAAAUGUAACAUCACCUCACAAUCAAAAAAAAUUCUCACGCCAAAUUAACUACUUGCAAAUGAAAAAUAUAUAAUCGGUAGAGAAAAAAAAGUUGGUGGCAGCGAUAAAACUCCUUCUAAUUGUACACCCCCCCCCCCUCUCCCAGCCCCUCCUUACAAACCCUACCACUCGCCAAACGAGGACUAAGAGCUGGCCUCAUAAUCAGACUCAAAGUUGUAUCGGGGGUGGGUAGGGAAGGCAAAGAUCAGGAAACCAGGUGAGUAAAAGUCAGUAAGACUUUUUGUAGUUUUUUUUGUCCCCAGGAGCAGUCGUUAUCAGAGCUCAGUUACGCCGCAUGAAAAUCUUGUCAAAAUUGCUCUCUCAAAGCUACGCUUUAAAGCAAAUUACCGGUGUCGAUGAAAAACAAAAUGCGUGAAAAGAUAUGCGUCAAAACCUUGGGAAUUAUUCUCACUUCUUCAACACGCGGUCAUAUUACCAGUACUGCGGUUUGGAUGCGUGUAAUUGUAGCCUUUCUAUGCUCUGGGCAGUUCACUUGGUUUCGGGCGCAUUCAUCCUCGCGUGACUCGGUAAUUUAUCUAGUUUACUUGGUUGGAAAACUUGACGAAAGAAUUUCCGUUUUAGUGAACAUAAUCGUUAAUUGAUAUAUUACAUAUACUACGCACCGACUUAUGCUGGUGAAUAAAAUUUUUAUUUAUUUCAAACAUCUAACGAAUGCAAACUGCAAACUUAGGAGAGAGGCUUCACCGAAACGUUUUUAUUUGCGUUAAGAUAAAGGUAAUUUAAAAGGCUUCCAAGAAAUUUUUGAAACACGAUCAUCAUGCUGAUGUUUUCUUCAAAGACAGUCAGUAAUCUUACAGAAAGUAUUAUUCACUUCCAUCGGUGAUUAAUUCACUAAGAGUUACCUAUGUGUAGUUUUGAAUGGUAAAGAAAGUCAGUGUAGGUAAAAUGUCGCACUAUGGUGAUAUAUUGAACUCGCUAGGACCCAUCAGAAUCAGUUUUGCACGUUGGGUAUAUUUAUCUACAUAUAAACAUAACAACCCACGUACCAGAGAAUAAACACAGAUCAAUAGACCAAAGUCUGAAAAGUUUCAGUUUAUCUAAAAACUUAUUAUUUAAUCUUUGGUAAGCAUUACCAUUACCAUUACCAUUAUUUGAUACAUUGUCAUUACCAAUUACCAUUACCAUUAUUUGAUACAUUUUUUCUUUGUACAAAAUAAAAGCUAUAUUGAUGGGUUUGUAACCGCAAUAUCGAAAGUGGCGGAAAUAAAACUUCUAACGGAGGAGGAGGAGGCGGCUUGUGAAAUUGAAGAGGACCCCUAAUGCGGUGUCAAAUUACUUAUUUGCGCAGCUAGGUAGAACAGUCGUGGGUGAGGGGAGUGUGUUAAUCCACAAAUUCAGUUCAGAGAAGUCUUGAAUUAUUUGAAAAUGUCAGGAGCCUAGUGUAAUGGGCUCCUGAAAAGGCAAUAUUUGUUUCAAAGAACUUUAUCUUGACCAGUUGUAGCGCGAGUUCCUAUUGAUUUUCAAUAAGGAAUCCCUUCCAUCAAACCUAAUUCGCCAACUCUAUUCAAAGCAUUUCCUCGAAUAAUUGCCCGAGCGCUUAUUUCAAAUUUCGACUGAAAGGAGGGGAACCUAUUGGAAGGAGGGCGCUUAUUAAGAAACUAUUAACCUGUACUGAUGAAGCUAAAGUUUAAGGUUAAAGAGUUAUAGAUAAAGUGGCAAUAGAAACAGGUUUUCUCGUAUCUGAAAAAGCAAGGAAGGAGGUGGGAGUGAGGCGGUGGCUUAUUCUAGGGGCACUUGAAACAUAAUAAAACGAGAUCUUCUUUCGGUAGGAGUCAUAUGAAUUUAUAAGCUUUAUCUAAUAGCAUAUUUCUAAUAAUUUGAUGUGAUGAUUUCUUGUUCACAGGGACUUAUCCCAUAAUCAGUUAAAGGACUUACCCUCAGGAGUUUUCAAAGCGUCUCGGCUUCUCCUCAGACUGUAAGUACCACCCAACCUAAUUAUAAUUAAAUGUUUAUUUACAACUGUAACGUCCACACGACUGAAAAAGUCUCACGCAGAAUUCAACUUCGGGCUACUGAAAAAUACACAAUCGGGAAGGAAAAAAAGUUUGUGGCUGGCGAUAAAAGUCCUUCUAUGUCUGUCGCUUUUUGUCAUCCGGAUCUGCCCUUAGUCUUGCUACUAGAAUCGUUACACCUCUUUGAAAGUUGUUUCACUAUUUAAGACUAGAGCUGAAAUUAUUUUAAACCACCUACAUCGUAUCAGCAUUUAUUUACGUUAACUCUGCGACGUAAUACAUCUGAGAAUACAAUCAAUUACUGAGUAAAAUGUUGGCACCAAACGUGCAGCUUCGCUAUAACUCGACCAUCAUUCAGGUGAACUCACCGAUCGAUAUACCAAGAAAGAUAAUUUUUCGAUAUGUUUAUUAAAUCAAUUCAUCUCAAUACAAGAGUUUGUCACAUAUAAUGUUAAUUGAAGUUCUACAAAUUUUACGCACUUAUUAGCUAUUCAUUUACUGACAAUGCCUUUACAUUUGCACGGAACGUUAGCUUUGAAAUUCUUUCUGGUGGCUCAUUUGCGUAAUUAACUUGGUCGAUAAUUCUAGAUUACUCUAAUUUCCGACGGUUUCAAGAGUGGCAUUGUGACAGCCUACUUGUCACAAUGUUGUAAUCCUUUGGCAGACGAUAAAGAGAGGGGUCAAAAGUUUUCCUUUAAAAAUGGUGUCCACCUCAACACCAAUCUUUUGAAUAUAUUCCAUAUACAUCACCCAAGAAAAGCUGUGGAAGUUGUUGGGAGCCACACACAUGUACAGAGUCAAGAGAACCUCUCUUGUCAGUGUAGAUACAUGUACAUUUUGAAUGGAUUAGCACACACACUUCAGGAACGCUUAUCAAAGCAAAUUAUUGUGAUACUGUACUUCCUUUCUUGUCGAUGUCUCAUCUCAAACUGAACCCCCUUGCUAACACAUUCACAAACUACUAAUGAUAUACACUGUUAAAUAUUCUCCUCACCACAUUUUUCAUUUAUUAAUUUUGGUGGUAUAUCAGUAUUCCUGCUGGAAUUCUCAUCUGUCGCAUUUCCAUUUCCUGUGAGCUUCUGUGAACAGUUUGAAAUUGUAUGGAGAAGUCACAUAUCAAUCUCUCAGGGAGUAAAUGAGUUAACAAAAGGAAAGAAAGCAGUGUGCAUUCUAACACUGUGCUCAUGUUAAUGAUUCUUGUUGACUACAUUAAGAAUUUUGUUCCAUGAUUUGACUGCUACACCCCGACACUUUGAGGAAAGCCUAAUUUUUGAAAUACUUAUUGAGAACAGCACAAACAAUUCCAUCUUAAAGCCCUUACAAAUGAAAGCAUGUUAACAGUUACAAAUGAUGAAAAGAAUCAAUGGCUACCAAGACUGUUCCUGGUCAAUGAAAUUGAUUAACUCUUUAUUAAUCAGUCAUUUUCCAUAGCAAAUAAUGGCAUACAAUUGAGCUGGUUUCAAAAUAAAGGUUUCAACUACACAUAAAUCAAACUCCUGUUGAAUACACAAUGAUGUUCAUGAGGAUGCAUCAGUUCCUAAAACAAAAAGGCCACAAUGAUUUUUUAAAGGAUUAUUGAAUAACACCAGAUGCAUAAGGGGAAUAGAAUUCUGUUUCUUCAAAUCCUUAUUGUGUUUUCUUUGUGAAAUGGAUUUUGGAAUUCCUAGGAAUUCCUAGGAAUAAGGUGUGAAUUUUUAUGGUAAAUGCGAACUGGAAAUUCCUAGGAAUUCCCAACCGUAACAACUCUGGUUCUAAAACCCUAGAAAUUCCCAGAAAUUCCAAGUUAAUAGCCAACAGGAUUUGGAAUUCCUUGGAAUUCCAACUCAGAGCACCAAUGACUUUCCCUGAAAGGCUGUAAAUCUGAAAACUUGUCAGAAACUUCUAGGAAUGUUUGAGAACUGCUAGGAAUUUUAAGCAAAAAUGUAAGGCAACUGACAUGAAAUAAAUGCUAAAAAUUCAAAAAUCCGCACUAAAAAUUCAAAAAUCCGGACUAAAAAAUUCAAAAAUCCAGACUAAAAAUUCAAGUAUUCAACGAAAUUUAUUUACAUUCUUAACUCAGGUUUACGUGAAAAAUAUUUGUGAGUGUAUAUUAACAUCAACUUUUAAUAUUAGAAUGGAAUUUGAUUUCUUUUUCUUUUCUUGAAAACUACAAAAGAAUUAUCCUCAAUUACAGCUAUUCAUAUAAAAUGGUUCUAAUCAAUCAUUAAAUUUGGUUUGAUACAAAUUGUGAACAAAAUCUGUUGAUUCUUUUCCAUAAAAUACAAUAACUUGAAUUAUAUAUAUUGCAAUAAAUACUAUCAGUCAAAAAAUAGUCUUUUAAUGAAUCAUCUAAUUUUGGAUGAUAAUACAAAAGGUAUUUAACCCUUUUGCUCCCAGAGUCAGGCUUUAACUUGAUUUUAUGUGGUUGUAAUUUAUUUAGUUAAAGCUCUUGUGUGUGAACAUUUAAAUAUCAGCUGUCAAGCAGCACUUUCGUGUUUUACUGUUUGUUUUUGUUGAUUCUGCACAUUGAAAUUCAAAGAUUUCUUCUCAAUUUUGACUAAGCACUCUUGGGAGUGAAGGGGUUAAUUUCAGUUAUAUAAAAUUGAUUUUUGAAGUAAAAUCUUUCUGUAACUGUAACAAUAAAUUAGAAUGAAAUUAUCCUAAACUGCCGACUUAGCUGCUGUUUGUCUCUUUUUCAUGGCUCGCAGCUUUCUCUGUUGGCCUCGAAUGAGGUUGUCUACAAGAAGCCUGUCUAUUUUGUAUCUGGAUUCCAUGACAUCUGAAUUUGAAAAAAAAUAUAUCUAUAUGUAUUAUGAGCUCAGACAAGGCCUUAGAUAGCUGUAAGGAAAAGGGCUUGCAUUGGAAUCCUAAUUUAACAAAGUGCACCGCGAUUGGGAAAUUUCUGUUGUAUUGAAUGACUUCCAUAUUGGAGUUAGUACAUCUCUUCCAUAGAUUUUACUAAAAAAGGGCUGAAUAAACUAUUUUGUUUUUAUCAAGGAAGGCUCCUUUAUGUACAAAGGUUUGUUUAAUCACAGUUUGUAUUACGAAUCUAGAAUGUUUCUAAACGUGACUAAAGUAAUCUUGAAACCUUUCAGAUGAUUUAUUUCAUUGUUAAGAGUAACUGCGGCAUACAAGUGACCGAUUCGAUUCUCAGAAUUAUUCGAGUUUCAGUUGCGCCGAGCGUUAUGUAAGUUUAAUUCUAGCCAUUAUAUCUAUUCUUUGGUAAGAUUCUGAUCACGUAACGAAUAUCGCAAUUUUUACUCACCACAAACUUUCAAAAUCGUAGCUUCAUAAAUGGCCACGCGACCCUUGUUUGUACCAGUCGAUAUGUCAACUGUUGUCCAUUCUUUUAACUCCACGGCGCCAACGAUUUUCUCUUCGUUUACAACACUCACGCUAUUCUCGUUUUCCCAUUGAACCACAAUAAAACCUAUCUUUAGAAUUGCUAUAUUAAGCAAAACAGUUGAGAAUGAAUUAAUUUGACCCACAAGCGAUCAACCGUUGAAAAGUACUUUCAAAGAUGAGCGCCAAAUGGAGUUUUCUUUGUUACCGACCACGGGCAUGAUCAUGUGGAUCUUUCGGGAAUUGUCAUAGGCUAGCAAAGAGAAUCCGCUGGCUUGCCCGAUUGCAGUCUCAAGAGAAGUGCUCAAGUUUGUUAUGACUACUCUGACCGGUUCUUUGCAUUCGGACGAUGGAAACCUUGGAUCUAUGUUCUGACGAUGAUAUAAAUAAUGAUGUGAGCUCACUCUAUGUAGAAAUAAUCGACAAGAAUCGAUCGUACUACAAAUGCACGAUUUGUGGCCGAAAGUUGUCGAGGAAACAAAGACUCAAAACCCUCUGGAGCUGUGUGCAUGGCAAAGGUGAGAAAUAACACAAGCCAAUCAUAAUUUUGAAUGCGAUUACAAAUCAUGUUUUACCCUCAUUUUUAUAAAAUAACGAUACCACAUUAGGAAGUAUAAGAGAUACCUAGAUGAUCCCAGUGUACCAGUACCAAAAUCAACAAAGCUUGACCGAUUGGCUAAUAGAAACGCAACCCAGAUCAUUGUAAGAGAAGGACUGAACGGUGUUUCUUACAUGAGUUUUGUAUCAGAGAUUACGAGGUUUUGAAGAGUGUGCUUUAGUAUUCGAAUUAGAGAGCGACUCUCUGUAAGUAAUGUGCAGCGGCGCCUCAGCUGAGUUUCGUGGGUUAAGGCGUUAAAAAUAGCCCAGCUUCGGCUGAAAGUUACUUUAUUACAUCAUACUGUAUUUGAUUACUGGGUGAUUCCCACACACCAGUGUGACAACGAAAUGUCUUCAGAAUAUAUCAUUACAUCCAAUGUAAUAUGUGGUGUAGCCAUCACAGGUUUAGUUCUUUGAAAAUAUGUUCAAGGAGAACCUUUGUUGAGUUGGAGUGUAGGUUGCUGUUGACUUUGAUUUGUUAUUCAAGCGGCAAUGUUCAGACCAAGUACAACAUUUCCAAAACAUAUAGCAUUGUUCUGACUUUCUACAACUAAUUUACUGGGACUAGUGAAAGAUCUAGAGUCACCUCUCUGGUGUAGGAGUGAAUGGAUAGUAAAGCACACAGUACCAUGUGUAUUGAAUGACCUUUCAAGCCGGGAGAGGCUGGAAAGCUUAUGCCAUAAAAAGUUAACUUGUAUAUAGUACAAUCUCUGACAAAAAAAAUGGAUUGUUGGGCUAUAACAAUAGUACAAGGAUUUCUGCAACCUUUUUAAUGAAGGUACUCAUUCAUAUUUUUGCGAAGAAGAGAUUUACCUUUGCAAUGAGUCAUAGUGAUGUGUGGCUACCUGUGCUCACCUACUCCCUUUCAAACAUAUGAUAAUCAUGUAUGGCAAUAAUAUGUUGAAGAUUGAUGUAAAGAAAACCUUGGAAAACGGUGGGGAAAUGGGAUUAUUGUAGAAAGUGCAAUCACCAUAAGUCAUUCAACUAGGCUUGUUUCUUUUUUUGUUUGCUUGUCUUUCAAAUUGCAAAUUUUUUCUUAAAUUUUUCUCUGUUUUUUUUAAAAUUAUUAUUAUUAUUAUUAUUUUGAAUUAACUUCUGUCAUUAGAUAAUACAUUAGCGAUAUGGCCCAAUUGUAACUUAUCUCGUGACCAGAGAGUCUUUUUUUUUUAAUUUUUUUUUUAGCACACUUGAUGUCUUCAUUAGACAUGAUUGUGAUGCAUCAAUUCCAGUCAAAUUGAAUUAUUUGACAAUAUUUUGUUCCUUAGUUUUUGAGCAUCACUUUCUUGCAUUUCACUUUUUGUGGGCUGAGCUUGGUUCCUGCAGUUGUAAAAAAAUUCUAUGAUCUGAGUUCUUUUCAACUUGUCAUUAAUUCAAAAAUGCCUGCAAAAAUCCAGUAACAAAUGCCUUUAAGUUCUGGAGUAGGAUUUUCGUGAUGUGAGUAAGUCAUGGACAGAAUUGGUCAAAAAUGUAGAGUUUCAGCUCUAACCUAAGUUGCUUUCAAUUCUUGUUGCACCCUUUGUUUCAGUGACUGGAAGCUAGCGAAUACCACCCUUUUUUUCGAGAAUAAAAAGCCUUGCAUCAGGCACCGAAAUGACAGGGCACGAGCUUCAUCAGUUCUUUCAUUUCAACAUGCCACCAUACUUAGUUAUUCUUCUCCUUUCAAUAAACAUUGCUGUUAUUGUGAACAAAUGCAAUAACUGGUUGUUUUUACUGCUUUGGGGGCAAUAGCAAGUCAGUCAAAGAAAUAAGUCUGCAGAAAAUGUGUUAUGUUGAUGUUAGCUCUUUUUAUCAAUUUUGGACCAUGCCUAUUUAAACUCAAUAACAAGCUUGCUCAUUGGUCUUGAAGAUUCACCACUCCUCCAUGAAUAUAAUCAAAAUAAUUUUGCAUUGAUGGGAAAACUACAUGAUUUCUAUCAAGAGAGCAAAUGAAGCUUCUACUCAGCCUUUGUUAUUUAUCAGCAUUACAAGAUCCAGUGGGUUGGAGGUGGUCAUAUGUAGAAAUGCAACUUUAAAGUUUCUUGAACCCAAGAAUAUUUACUUGCCAAUGUUGAUUUCAGGCUUAGAGUCACAUAUCCCUGAUUUCUUGUCACUGGGUUUACUUCAUUUUCUCUCUUUUUUAGUGACUUGUCCUAUAAUGAACUGGAACAGCUGCCUCCAAAAGCUUUCUAUGUAAUGUUUCAACUUGAAGAACUGUAAGUAGCUAUAAAGCACUUUUGCUACAACUGAUAUAGGGCUACUGUUUGUUUUACUCUCCUUGACUGAAUCUUGUGAUGAUGUGUGUGAAAAUAACUGUUUAUCAUAUGGCAAGGUGUCAAAAGGACUGUAUAUAACUAAACGGAAGGGUAUGAUUGGCUAAAAGCAAGAGAUUAUUAUCAUAAUCUCUCGCUAAAAUCGAUAUUGAUCAAGGUUUAGAUUUUUCAACUUGUUUACCGACAUCAAGAUCGAUAUUUCUUUUACAUUUGUUCUUAAAAUGUAGUAAGUAACAACAACAACACCCAAAAAAAAAAAAAAACAAUCAAACAAAAAGAUAACUUGUUGCCACUUAAGUAUAUUUGAUGAGACGAUAUAAGAUAUAGCGAUAUAAGACACACCUAAUGAUUGUAUGAGGUUGAUCCUUUCUAUUUCACAUAAGUCUUCAACUCGAAUUAAUUUUGUCAUCUUCUGGUCGAUGGAUACCUGAAUGGCGAUCUUUUCUCAGUUGAAUCACCAAGGUUUCAAAACAAUUAGCAAUCUAAUAUCUCAGCCAUACCAAACUUUUUCUGGAUACUUAUGACGGGCAAAAUUAUUUUUUUAACGCAAACUAGUCCAGUUCACAUAAACUUUUGCUCUCAUUAAUCUGUCGUUCUACCUGACUAGCAACCUGUAAAAAAAAUUCCGUUUCCACGCGGAUAUAAAGUGGCAAAUAAUUAAGAAGAUAAAAGGGCAAAUUAAAAAAAGAAGUGAAUAUGCUAGAAGAAGUAAAGUGAAUUUAGAUCUGCAGAUGGUAUUGUCUGCAUCAGAUAUCCAAUUAAAAAAAUAGUAUUAAUCAAAACUCUUAUGAUAAGGAAUUCUUUCGUCAGCAUGUUAGACACUUGUAACAUCCAGAAAGAAAGAAUUGCCAAAAGGUUUAUAAUGAAUUCCUUUCUCCUUUCUUCCUCUCUUACUUUGCUGGCUAAAACCUCUUUUGUUAAUUUUGCGUAGAUUUCAUAUUGACUCUUUCAGCCAGGAGAAAAGUCACACAGUUUUCCUUCUAAUCGUCUACUCCUUAAUACCUGCCUCAUCUUAUCAUUAGCACUUAUAACUAUUAUUCAAUAAAGUGGUCAGUAACAUGUCUGAUCUUGUUACAAGUCCUGUUAUCUUCAGCUUUGCAAUAACAGUACAAAGUAAAUCAGAUUAAUCCAUUUGUUUUUCAACUAUUACGGUUUCCUUUUCACCAUUGCAGUUUCCUGAACAACAACAACAUAAAGAACUUGUCCUCUGAUCAACUGCCUGAUAAACCUUGGUGGGGCAAAUAUAGAAUUAAAAACCUGUAAGUUUUGUGGCUCAGGAAUCUUUCUCCGCUUGAGUUAGUAAUUCUACUAUAUCUGAGGUCUAAAAAUAACUAGCAACAAUAAAAAAAGACCCUCCCUUAAGACGGCGACUAAAAAUAAAACCACCAAUUUUUAAUCUUGAUAAUAUAGGAAAUAUGGGAAUGUACACUGAAGUAAGGAUGCUUUAUUUUAAUAUAUUUAAACCUUUUCUUUCACAAGGUUGUUACGGUAAAAUCUAACCGACAGAAAAACGCUACUGUCUUACAAACUCAACUACUUUGUUAAACAGCGAGUAAUGUUCUUAACAAAGAACGAACCCUAAAAGCAGUACGAAGCUUAGCGUUAAUAAACCUAAUUAAGCCCACACAGUUUAUAUCCUCGCUCACCACUGACACAAUCUCACUGCUGUCUUCAAAGUUCCUUGAAGUGAGCAAUCCUCCGCAAUAGCUCUCUUUCGAUAUAGCUUUCAAAACAGUCGUCGCUCCGACGACAACAACUGCUUCUAUUACAUAAGUGAGUCUUAUGUAAUCUUAUGUAUAUUUUCACAAAGUGUUCUGGGACAUUCCAGAAGCCUACAUAAGAAAUAUUUCAGUAGUAUUACAUGACAAAUGCGUGAUUCAAUGAAAUGUUCUGGAAAGUUCUAUGGUAAGAAAGUCAGCAUAAUUCAGCAGUCUGGAAAUUUUUAGAAACUUGUAUUUACAAUAAUUACCCGUAAUAGGUGUGUGUUAGGCCCAUUUAUAUGGUCUUCAGUACCCGAGACAGACCUUCCCCCGAGACAACUUUACGGAGCGUUUAUAUGAAAUUUGACAUCUGCCAACUCUCCUUCGGCCAGGCCUGUUUACAUACUCGGCAAAAUGGCGGACGGUAGGAAAGAAAUUCAAAUAGCAAUAAACAUCUUGUUUAUACUCUUUAGUGACUGCAGUGUUGUCGAUGGCUCUUGAUAUCUUUAUGGUACUAAGUUUUAGAGUGAAAACCAACCAGGAAAAGCGUAGCCUCAGACCGUAAUUUAUUUUCACGCGUUCAAAACUUUCUGCGAAGAAUAAAGUUUGAUGUUGACAAACGAAUAUCAAUUGUGUUGAUCAUUCAAAGUUUGAAAUAACUUUCACUGUCUCAACAACAUUCCGCUAUUCAAUUGAUUUUUUUCACGCUUGGUUUCGUAAUUUGUUACAGAGUUUCAUCACUCUGUUGAAGAAUCAAACUAAAUUAGAGUAACCCUGGAUGGUUUGUUAUGCAACCCGAAAAAACCUUUGAGAUUUCGACUCGUUAAAAUUGGUUAGGCACAUCCAUCAACAAAACGAGACGUCUGAACAUAAAUAAGAGAUAAUCAAAUGGUUUACUAAGGUCUAUUGGGGCCCAGUUCUCAGUUGUGAGCAUUUUGGUACGUUGGAGAGGAUAACGGGCGCUACGAAACACACAGGGAGUAACCUCUAUCAAAAAAAACAAUAUACUUGCUUCCAAAAGUUUCCUAUUAAAAAAUAUGCUGGUUUCUGUAUAAGGACCUUUUGUUCUGAUGAAUUUCCAUGAUAAACUGAAGGAAGGAAAAGAAAUUUUGGCGAAUGGUGAUUGAUAAGCUGAAUGCAUCGAAAUAUUUUUUGAUGGGAGGGAAAAAACAGUCAACCCUUCGUUGGAUUUUGAUUUGUCAUCUGUGAACUUGAACUCUAAUAUGGUUUGGUUAAUUUGAAAUACAAUUGCAUCUCCUUUGUUAGCAAAGCAGUAAACACUGUAAUUAGUGUUUUUAAUAUUGCACGCUUUUGGUCUCGAGAAAUGAGCACGCUCGUGUUCAAAUAUUUCUAACUUUCAAUGUAACACUCGUAUGCAACAACAGCCUGUCUCUAAUUUGUUUUCAUCUGUGGCUGAAUCCAAGGAGAUUCAAACGCUCCUAACCGAACAAUUGAGGACCGUCGAGAAAAUAACUAUAUCUUUUAUGCAGAACCUUAGACUUCAACAAACUGGAGACACUUCCAUCUGAUACAUUCAAACGCUUCAAGUUAUAUGAUCUGUAAGUAUUUUGCUCUGAAGCUUAAUAACGUUGACUGUCGCUGACUUAGUUAGAUUAUUCUUCCUAUAUCGCCCUUUUAUUCAUAGUCUCACCUCCUUUAACUCAAACCCUUUAUAAUUACGAACUUUCUUUUGUGAACAUGUAAAUGUAUACUAAAUAACUACCUAAUAAACUUGCCCAACAGCAAGCACUUGUGUGAAUCCUCUUGAACAAAUUAGUUAAGCCAGAUUAACAAAACCCUGCGAGGUGGAUUCCUAGGGCUUGUCAUUAGAAACACAAAAGUUGAUGUACUUGGCCUGCUGAACUCAAAAGCAAAAAGAGCUGUUCAAGCAAUCAAUGUGUCUAUGCAUAUUUGUGCGGUAAUUCUUCCCAACAGGAGUGGCAAGUUUAUGGUUAAAGCCUCAGGGAAAUAGUCACGCAUCUCGCACGUUCUGGUCAGCAGAGAGAAUGAAAGUCUAUUCAAAUAAUAAUGGUAUUCAACUCUAAUGCGUUUUACAGGUGGCUUGGAAACAACAACUUACAAAACUUAUCUGAAGAUCUAUUUAUUGGGCAAGACGAGUUAAAAUAUUUGUGAGUACUGAUGAUUUCGCAUCCUUUUAAAAAAAUAUUUGUCUCUGACGUAAUAGCCUGUUAGCGGCGAAAAAUGAUGUAAUUUAUUUACAUAUAAGUAACACUAAGAAGUAAGCGACAUUUCAGCGAGGAAACCUCAAAUGAGUUACAUAGUUCGAUAAUUUGAAAGGCACGAUACCACUGUAGCCUGCAGGCUCAACUAUUAAAGGUUCUGAUCAAGAGGACAAACAAAGGUGUUUAACACAAUGUCUCUAUCUGUUAAUUAUUACUGCUUGUUUGGAAAGAGUGGCGUUCUGUGGCACGUUACUUCAUGAGCGUGCGACCAGACUGACCACGAGGUUUUUGGAACCGCUAUGUUGUUUAACAAAAACCACUCUUGGUUAUUAGAUGAGUAGAUAAACGAGUUAAAAAUCAAGAGCCGAAUAGAAGCUCAUUAAAUUCUCGGCGCCAUGUUGGAAAAGAAACUACCUAAAUACCAUAGCGAUGCUGACGCGUACGGUGACCGCGAAAUAUAAACAAAUAGAGAACAGCGCUCUUUCGGGGGAAUAGUUUGCGCUUUCAUUCUUUAACGCGUUCGAAAUGAUAAUAGUAUUCAAAGACAAGAAAUUGCAAUAACAUUCACAAACUAAAAGUGAAGGAUAUAAGGAAAAGUUUGCGCUCUAAUUCAGACUCCGUGUUAAAAGUAAACUAGAAAACGACACCAUAAAUGAGGAUAGUGUUGAUAAUGGUGGCGAUUUUAAAUACGAGUAGAUAAUGAGAAAAAUCCCUGCGCUCGGCCGGUCUACACACCUUCGUAAGCUUUCCGAACUAUAUCUUGGACAGAAGUACGACUACAUUGUCGUAUCAACUCGGAAAUGUCCUGACAUUGUGUUGAGGGGUACAAACUACAACUGAGAAAUUAAACCUAGAUAAAGGAACGCGAAAAGACCAGGAAGUAAAAUCUACGAUGGAAAGACUUACGUGAAAGCUAGAGUUUUGCGGUUGAUGAAAGAGAAGCCGUUCAAAGUUGUAGUAGAGUUCACACCUUGAUGUGAAAUUUCCGAUCCCGUUUAGGAGAGCAUGCAGUACUGAAUUUUGAAUCGUUCUUAAAUAGAAAGGCGGUAGAAGGGUGGGGCAAAAAAUACUUUUUUAGAUUAAAACCGAUUACAUCAGAUUUGAUCUCGUUCUCUGAUGAAUGAAUUUCCUGGUUUAGGCGUUUGAGUGGCAAUCGGCUGGAGAAUCUGCCUCCAAAAAUUCUUCAAGGAUUGUUCGCCUUGGAGGAACUGUAAGUAAAAAUUUUGCGAUAUUUCUUUCCGAAAAUGUUAGUCAAUGAUAACAAUUCUUUCUAAUGCAUUGCGUUUGCAUGAGAUUAUUGCUUUCAAGUCGUUCAAAACAUGGUUUAAAACCUUUCGUUCUUAAUUGAGCCAGUAGUAAACUCUUCGAUCAUUGAAUUUGAUCCGUUGUGCCGUUGUGUAUGAGUAGUUCAAAGUAAGACUGUUCAAAUUUAUAUGAAAUUGGUAACUUGUAUUUCAAAAAUGUCAAUGAGGGAAAUGAUUAUACUCCAUUGCAGAGUUGCUUAUCAGUCGAACGUUUUACCGGGUCAAUGGACUGAUUACGGGUUUCAUGGGGUGGUGGGGAGGGAGGAGGGGGGGGGACUAAAUCCUCGCGAGCUAAAAAAAAAAAAAAAAAAAGAAAAAACAUUUCUGAGCCUCCGAUUUUUACCUCUUUCCUCUUUCCUCUUUCCUCUUUCCUCUUUCUCAUUAAAAAAUGGAUUCCAUUUCGUUGUGCAUCUGUUCAACAAGACGUUACAGAUGCUGCAAGUACGAAAAGGAAGCACAAGAUGCGCAGCAGUUUCAAAGCCUUUUUUUGUUGUGGGUCAUGUGACAUUGUGCGUGUCAUGUUGACGUCAUUAACGGACUUUAAUAACUUUCCAAAGUUAGCUAAGUAUCAGCAAAAUAACGUCGAAUUAUAGCCAACUGAAUUCACCCGAGCAACUGCCUGAAAAGAAGUGCAAUGGCCCUUAAAGUGAUCAUUAUUAUUACUGCACAAUUGCGCCGCCCAUAUCAGGGCAACGGAACACUCGAAAUGUGUCAAGUGUUACACAGGGAAAAUACAGACGGAAAGCGGAGUAAAAAAAUGGCCACACUGAACGACCACACCUUGACUUUUUAAGCGCUCCAGAAUUUGUAAUUUGUUCACUGUAACACUUUGACGAUUUCUCUCGUUUUGUAUUUGUCUAACGCUCAGGCCUUAUGCGACCGAUACCAAGCUCAGAUGAGGCCGAAGGAUGUAUAUUAAAAUCUGAAAACCAAAAUACUAGAAAUUGAAACAAUAGUGGAAUGGUAAAUCCCUUAUUCGAUGUUUAACACAUAAUACGAUCGAACAUUUCGCUAAUUGCUUGCAUUUUCUUCGCCCUCGCGGAACACGGAAAAUAGUUCUACGAAACUUGCACAACACCCACCCGUAUCAUAAUUAUGUUGAAUUAUCGAAUGAGGCGGAUUUGUUUACCAAAAGUAAAAGCGAAGAAAAAUUGGACCGAAAAAUUUUAUUAUUUUUCUCAAAGGAAUUCUUUAAAUUAGAAAUUACAGGGCGGAAGCAAGAGAUAGACACAUACGUGAAGAUCUAUUCACAAGUUUAAGCCAAUACAUUUCACUUAAAAAUAGGUAUCUUUUUUCAUUUAUGAGAUGAUUAGAUAGAAAACUCGAUGAACUGCAACUGAAUAAAUUCUAUCAGAUAAGAAUUUCGUCCGAAACAGUUAUCCAAGAUUGAAAUGACUGAAUUGACAUUCGUCUCAUGAUAACUUUCCCGAUGUCUUCCAAAUAAAGUCGUUGCACACAGUAGGGAAAGAACUUCAUAAUAUAUCCCUUGGAAAUGUUUGUUAUCUGGGACUCUCUUUUUCCUUUGUUUGUUUUCUUACUGAUUAUCAUCUCAUUCUUCAAAUGUUAGGGACUUGUCCUACAAUCAGUUGCAGAAUUUUCCUCGAGGGAUACUUAGCACAAAUACCAAGCUGAGAGAAUUGUACGUAGGACUUUUCUUUGAACUUAAAAAAUGCAGGUCAAACCUAAACGUUUAAAAUCAUUUGAAAAUCUCGCGUAUUUCCGCCUGGAAUGUAGCUUCAGUUGGAAUAAAUUACUGAAUCAAGUGUCAUUUGGCGUUAGAUGCCACAUUAAUGAGCAAGGUCUUUCUGCCAUUAUUGUUUUAAACAAAAGUCUAUCAGCUUUAAGCAUAUACUAAAUAUGUCCGUUGAGUCCAAUUGUUUCAUACUAGAGAUUCUUGGUAAUAUUUGAUGUUUUUAAAGACAGCCAGAAAAACUUUUCCUUUCCUGAUUUAGUUAAAAAAAAAAAAAAUUGGUAUUUAUUGUUCGUUAUCCGGUUUGGCUCCUGUCCGGCACCUAAGAGAAACGUUUAAGGGGGAGGCCUAGCCUGUUUUCCAAAUAAAAUUUGUGUUCUUGAAAAGCUAGCUAACUCUUUACCUCAAUAAAUACCCUAAGGGAUUUGUCAAACAACGAAAUUCAGCGUCUGCCCAUGGAUGUUUUUGGGAACCUUACCCGGAUGGAAAAGCUGUAAGUGGCAUUCAGUAGAAACUUCACAGCAAAGCGAAUGAUAAUGUACAGUUUUCCAUAGAGCUUUAUGUAAAUUAAUGCAUUAAGACCAUUAUAAAAACAGAGCUUCGCGAAUUUAGAAUUUGUGACUCUUACGUGAAGCGUAUCAAAAUAAAUUCCAUAAGCUCAACUGGCUUUAUAUAAUACUAACUUUGGUGGAGUUGGUCAUUGAGAAAAAAAGAAAAAAAGAGGUCAAUAUUAAAUUCAAUUGUCUCACACAGCCUUUUGCUUCACGUGACUUGUGACUAUAAUUUUUUCGCUGAGUAACCAGGGAACUCUGCAAAGAUUGAUUUGUGAUGUAAGUGACUUAUUAUAGUUUGGUGCAUCAGUAUUGAAAAGUGAUGUCAUGAUAUGAAAACGCCCAUGUUAACAAUUAAUGUGCAAAUGGUAUCUUUUGCCUAAAUUCUCAGGAUCAGGAGUAAACAGUUUAUGUACUCAGAAAAAAUGGGUAGAACUUUGUAAUUCUUCAAAAUAGCUUUGCCAGAACCAAUUGGGUUUUAUUUCAUGCCUAUUCGGAGAGAAAAAGAACCUUUCCAAGAAUCUCAAAUUCUGUUUCAACUGACUUUUUUUUCAUUUUAUAUAUCGCUCACAGCUUACUCUCCAGUAACAAACUUCAGCGCUUGCCAAGGUUCAAAAAUCUCUCCGAGUUGAAAAUAUUGUAAGUGAUUCACGUUUGUGAUAGAACUGGCUCAGUACGUGUCUUGUAUAAUGAGCAUUAAUUAAAGGUAGCGUUGGCUAAAACCAAAGGAUCAGCUUGGAUACGGACUAUUUCUGUGGCAUCUUCUUAUGACUUAAAAGUCUGUUUAAGGAUGUUAAUUGAGUAAAAAGUUAAAAAUAAACAUCCACUUUGGAAAGAGAUGCCAUCAACUAAGAAUUACCAGGGUUCAAAUGUUUAAAGUGAUAGAACAAAAUAUAAUAAAACACAUCCCCUACAAUACUUUAACAGCACCCUCCCCUUGGGACUUGCUAAGGACCAUAUGCUAGAAAUGAUCGCUGAUGAUUGAUGAUUAACCCAAAUUAAACUUUAACGAUCGAUUGUUAUUUUUAUUGAAAAAUGAAAAAAAAAUGUUUUAAAAUUCUUUAGCGGCUUUCAAAACGAUUUCGUCAAUAUUGAGUUCAUUGGGAUUUAAAAGAAAACACAGGAUCUAUGAAUUCCAGUUUUUCAGUUAAAUUUUUCUGGCAGCUUUUCCAGAUGUUCCAGAAAAGAGAUGUUCAAAUUAAAAGCUUAGAAUUCCGGGUGAUGCGACUAGAAAUACGAGCAAUUACUCGGUUGCAAAAGUAAAUGGGCGCACGUCCGAUCAUUCAUUUAAAUGUCACAGUAGCGUUACCAUGGUUUAACCAUUGUUUACCUGGUGGCCAGCACAAUCCUUUUGGCGAGGGCGUAACACGAUGGAACUUAUUUGUUCUUGUCACGAUGCACGCGUCAACGUUUUGGUCCAAAUACAUUUAUGGGAUGUUUUUUCAGGAAGUGUUGGAGCACACUGAUGAGCAGUACAACGCUUUCGAAGGAGGUUUCCAUAAUAAGCAUGUUUAACUCGACUGACUUUAAUUAAGGAUGAAACAGUUUCUGUAAUAUGAGACAGGGUUUGGGACUAAACUAGUCUCGAGGUCCUCAAAAGAUUAUGCUGAGUCGAGGUUACUUAAGAAUCAAUAAGUUUCACAGUCAUUUCUCUGCUGCCAAAUAUCAUUAAGGUCAAUAAUACCUCCCCCAUCAAAGACUCUGUAAUUAUACCGAGUGUCUGUUGCAUUUUAUUGUGUAGAUACCUGUAUAACAACAGCCUCGUACACCUGUCUCCUGAUCAGUUCCAAGGCCUGUCCAAACUGGAAGAACUGUAAGUAAAUAUUCGAUGGAAAUCAUAUCUGACUGCACAAGUAACUAUUCUUGACCAAAUAUGUACUUAACCAACUCAGUAGGGCGAAUAGACCUUUCUUUCCUCCUCCCACCACUUUUGCCCAAAGUUUCGCUAAAUUUUGAAGCUAGUGUACUUUGAUUUGAUGAACCUCAGAAACCCAAGCAGAAUUCUGAAAAAGAUGCUUUGUCAUCCAUCCAAGAUAGCAACUGCCACCUCGGAUUUCUCCAGAAAAAGACAGGAAAAGAAGAGAAUUAGAGAUGUAGCAAUUCUCUCCCUCACCCCCGAAAAAAAUUAACAGAUCAGUGAAACAAUACUUUUUAUAGAAGUCCAAAUAUAAGCAUGCGCUAAGUUAUGCCAUUUUCAGCGAGGUAACCGCAAACUGCAUAUCAGUGUAACUUUUACGCAUCCCUGGCUGUGAGUUUUUUUUUUUUCACCUUUUUAUUAUGUUUUCAAUAUCGGAUAGCUUUGAAGAUAUCGUAGGCAGAGGGCAUUUAAGAAUCAAUGAAGAUAAGAAGGAAGUUUAUGUAAAUACGUGCUUACCUCUAAAUUUUUCUACAUUUCUGAUAAUAAUGAUGUGCCCUCUAUGUUGUUCUAGGGCUGUUUACGAAAACAAUAUUGACUACCUGCCACAUGAAGUUUUUAAGGGCAUGAAAAACAUGAUGUCUAUGUAAGUAUCUGUCUCUAAACUAUCCUCUUAUUAACGGUAACGAGGUAUUGUAAAAUUAGUAAGGGUCUAGUGAAGAUGCAAUCAUAGCAAUGUUAGGAAUCUCCGUUAUCUAAGACAAACUCCGCUCGGGAAGAUCAAGAGACCCACAAAGCUGCACACCAAAAACAUGGACAAUCUUCUACCCCCGUGGACAGAUCAUACCUUAUGAUCAAAACCAUGUGUGAUGGACGACGAAAUAUUUACGAUUGUGAAAGUGAAAAUAGGCUGACUAAGAGAUCAUAUUUACUAGAGGUAGAGAGAACUACCAAAAGGCAAAUCAGACAAAACCUUGGGAAACACCAGGUCUCUCUAACCACCAAAAACAAAAUCCUGCUAAGGUAUCCCCUUCCAGAUUCAAACACUGAGUUUACAAAGACUUCGACCGCGAAAACCUCUUGAGGAUAGGUAUGACAAUACUCAUGGGGUUAUUUAAAUCGGCAUCAGCCACGCGGAUAGAAAUAGAUCUGGAACCUAAAUAGAGAAUGUUUUUUUCAUUCUUGAUAACUUAACUGUGACUUUGAAGAAGCUCUCAGUAAUGUGAAAAUUCGUAAAAAUACUUAUGUGACAUUAUUGUAUGGCGCACUGUCUAAUGCACGGUGAGGUUCUUUUCUCGUUGCAGAACAUUUUGAACAAAUGGAAGAUAUUGCCUUCCAUUCUUGGCUAAUUUUCUGUCCAGUGUUGUUUUAAUUUACGCUUUAAUGCUUGUCAGUUGACGCUCUACGCUUUUCAUUGUUUCAUCGUUCUGUAGGAGCUUUUAUUUCAACAAUAUCCGUACCGUUAGCAACGAACAAUUCAAAGAUGUCGCCCCAAGUAUUCGAUUCCUGUGAGUAUGAGUAAACUGGUAAUAUUCCAGGUGUGUUCAAACUACUUCGAGUUCAAGGGAAACAGAUAUUGCUGGCGCGACCUUCACGUGCCGUAAACUCACGGAUAAGCGCCCCUCCCCCAUUUUAAAGGAUGGACAAGUGAUCAUACCACUGGCCGAAUUGCUUAGGCAGGGAAAUUGGAGUAAACGAUUUUCACAUACAUACUACCACUGAUAUACUAGAAGUUAGGAUCGGCUUUGUUCACUAAUACACAGUUUAUACUUUUAUUUACGCCCAAAUGUUAUACUCCUUGGGACGAUCAUAUCUGGUCACAAGACAAAGUUUGGGAAAAACUUAAGGAACGGUCCCUCCGCAUAAAGUACCCUCUCUGUAAUGAGCGACCCAUCCUAAAUUCGAAAUGAGUGCAUCAGAUACUCACUGUAGUAUUAAAAGCAUAUCAGUAUAACAAAUAAAGUCACUUUGGCAUAGCCUGUGUAAGUAUAUCGUACACACUCAAUGACAAAUUGCGCGUCUUCUGUUUUAGUUUUCUAUCAAAUAGCUGUGGAGAAUUGAGCAGGAAAAGGAACAAGAGAGAGCCGAAAAACUGAUUAAUACAUAACGGUAAUAGGACUGAGUGGAGUCCAAUUCGGUCUGUAAUCAUACAAGUGAUCAGAAAAAUCGGACGACCGCGAGGCGAGAGUCCGAUUUGUUAAUCACGAGUAUGAUUAAGGACAGAAUUUGACGACAAGAAGUCCUGUUACCAAUUAAUCAUAACCAUUUGAAUUUCCGAAAAAAAAAAGCACUUAAAACAAAUAUCUCCAGUGGAGACAAUAUCUUUAGUUAAAAAUUCCUCCACUUUGGAAAUCCCCCAUUUUUCCCUUGGAUAAGUGGUUGUUGCUGUGAUUAUUUUGAUCAUUUCUGUGAUGGGUGGAUUAACUGAGUGGACUUAGUACGAUUGGCUGCUUCAACUGUCCGAUUACAGGUUUCCGAUUGCAGCCAACUGUCCGAUUAAACUGUCCUAUUACAACUUUACAGAAUGAUUAGUGAAAAAUGAAGCUGCGGAUGCACCAAUAACAUUUCAGGAAUUUUUAAUGGUUGUGAUUAAUAGGCUAAAGAUGUCGAUGUUAUCAAGAAUUAGCGGGCAAAGUUUGCCUGAAUUACUUUCCUUUAAUUUGCAGGUACUUCCAUUACAACGAAAUGCGAGAACUACCGGAGGGUUUCUUUACAAACAUGAAGAAUCUAAUAACUGCGUAAGUCAAGUGGAAUGUUCUCCACGCGAGGAGUUUAAAAUUGAAAAAUUUCAUUUGUCGGUGCUCAGUUAUACUGCGCUUACUGUAUUACUAUUACACUUUCAUUUUCUUACAAAUUUAGAUCCUGUGACGGAUCAAAUUUGUCUUUUUUUUUCCCUUUUGUUGUUCAUUUGAACUCUUUUUAUGAACCGUAGGACUGUAGACACCAACCUGAUGUGUUGCCAUUUGACGAAGCAGGAUGCAGAUUGCGACUUCGCUUAUGUCGACAGCUUCGCCAGUUGUGAAACUUUGUUCAGAAAUCGAGCUCCCAGGGAGUGCCUCUGGGUGAUUGGAAUUAUGUCGUUGGUUGGUGCUGUGUUUGUCAUUGUGUGGCGGUUGGUGUUUAGGGAGACGAAGAAGAAAAACAAGAUACAGUCCAUCAUGUUGAUACAUUUGGCUGGGUCCGAUGGACUUAUGGGUGUCUACCUCCUAACUAUAGGUGUGGUGGAUGCCAUUUGGGCAGGGGAGUAUUAUUUGCAUGACUAUUACUGGCGUUCAAGUUUGACAUGUCAGAUAACAGGUGCCAUUGCCGUGUUGUCAAGUGAGGUGUCUGUAAUGACGAUUUGUUUGCUCUCCGCCGACCGGAUGAAGAAUGUUCUGUUCCCCUAUCGUGGAAAGUCCCUUACCCUUAAGGUUACGCACCUUUUGUGCUUCCUUAUCUGGAUUGUUGGUGGCAUAAUUGCAUUUAUUCCCACGGUGGGCUUCGACUACUUCGGUAGUCGCCAGAAAGGUCAUCACUUUUAUGGCAGAUCAGUUGUAUGUCUGCCAUUGCAGCUUUCCACAGAUAAGCCGUCGGGCUGGGAGUACUCUGUUGCCAUGUUUGUGGGUUUAAACUUUACUCUUGUGCUCUUUGUCGUUGUGGCAUAUGCGAUGAUAAUCUAUAAGUCCUGCGCAUCAAACAGGCGCAUGGCUGAGCAAGGGACCGAAAGAGAGAGGAGAAUGAAAGCCAAGGCAAGGGCAGCCGAUCUAAGGAGGGAGGCCUCGCUCGCCAAAAGAGUGUUCUUCAUUGUUCUUACCGACUGUGUCUGCUGGCUGCCUAUUGUGGCGAUUGGAAUGAGGUCUCUCUUGGAAAAAUCCUUCCGUACACCUGGUGACCUCGCAGUUUGGAUCGCAGUCUUUGUUCUGCCGGUUAACUCUGCCAUCAAUCCCAUUCUUUACACCUUGUCUACCCCACAGGUACAUGUACUAAUAACUUGAACGGUUGGAAAAGUAUAUAUUCAGCCAAUAAAUUAAAUUUUGCAUUUAUAUCAUGUCUCUCAGAUCACAGAUCACAUCUAAAUUCGACAAGAAUAAAUAAGUGAAACACGAACCGCCAAGAAGUGUCUCACUGUUUAUAAUUUUACCGUAUUUUAUAUCAGCUGGUAAACUUGAUUUCCGCCAUUUCUGAGAUCCCUUUGCCUCAGAACUCUCUUCUGUAUGUAAAACGUGCACGUUUUCAUUGUAUCGCACUCGGUUUGAGAGUGGCUGGAAAGCUGCGCAAACGUAGUUUGCAUUCCUGGGGAAAUCAAAGACUCGAAGGGUUUAAAAACUGGUGAGGAAGCACUAUUUACUGAUUAUAACCUCGUGUUUUGUUUCGAUGUAUUAAGGUCCGAGGAGUCAUCAGAGCCAAACUCCAACCACUGUGGGAUUAUCUGGUGGCAAAACUCGGCCGAAAUCAAGAUAUUGAAGGUAAUUUUUGAUACUUUAAAUAAUCUUUCAUCAUUCUGGGGAGUAUUUUUCUCGUUCUUUAAUUUUUUGGUUUCAUGCCAUAAAGUUACGUUUUAAACAGGUUUAAGAGUAGAUAUACCGUAGGUUAAUCAAUCAGAUCGGCUUGUAAGCCAAGAGAUACUUUUUGGUUACCCAUAUGAAUAAGAAACAAACAGAUCCAUAUAUUUACUGGCGCGUGAGCUUGAGUAUUUCAUUUAAACACAUAGGUUGACUCAACCUCAAAUGAUAAAAAAAGACGUUGCCUCAUGAAUGAAUAAUUUGUUAUUGCUGAUGUUUUGUCCGCUUGCUUGUAUUUUUCCGUCAGUUCAAGAUCAGGGAAUAGAGAUGAGAGUCAUCGAAGAAGGUACGCACCAUUCACUUCUCCACAGACUAAAACAAAUUUCAGAACGCAAUACCUAGCAUUCAAAAACCAAGAGCAAAACAGAAAAGCCAAAGAAAAGCAUUGUUGUAACUUUGAAGCAAUUCGGUUCGACCUUUUUGCCACUAUAAGAAACGCGUAAAAAGUAAUUUAGCCUCCAGUUUGAAGUUUACAAACAACCGCAUUUUGAGUCAAUUUAAUGACUGUAAUUUUUGUUUACGUAAUAUGCUUAAUCCUACUUUGACUGAUUCUCAAUUAUUAUUUAGUGGAGGGAAGACUUAUAGAUUUUUUCACCACUAACAAUAUUUCGCUUUUUGUCAUAAAACACUCACAUAAAAAAUCGAAAUGGGCUAAGAACAUCGGAGACUUAAUCGGCUGAGUCCAGUGCACCACAUUUUUGAUGUUACCACAUUUUUGAUGUUACCACAUUUUUGAUGUUACCACAUUUUGUCGUCAUAUGUUAUUUAUGAAUGAACAGACGCACGGCAACAUAGGCUACUUGUUUGGUCGACCGUGAAAAGUUUUCAAAUAAUGGUUUUAAUAAGGUAUCAAAGCCACGAAGAGAUAUUCGGAAAGAGUAAAAGCGGAGCGUAAAUGAUUGAGGACGGAGAAGUAACACGAUCCGGUUACCAAAUGCAAAAAGCACGGUGUAUUUCGUAUAACAAAUUUGGCGAUUUGGCCAACUACAACCACCUGAGGAAACACUUUUUAACCUUAUUCCCUUUUUGUGUUUAUUUUAUUGAACACAGUACAAAACCAAGAGGAAGUGGGGAGCACUGACGAUAGUGAGGAUGAAUCGCAAGAAGAACAAGGAGAUGGUGAGCACCAUGCAGGAUCAGGCGUAGACAAUGAACAACCUUUUGAAUCCCAGCAAGUUGAACAUGAACAAGACGAAGAACCAAAACAAGGAAAAGAAGAAGCCACUGAACAGCAGCAAGUUGAACGUGAACAAGACGAAGAACGAAAACAAGGCCCAGAAGAAGCGACUGAACAGCAGGAAGUUGAACGUGAACAAGACGAAGAACGAAAACAAGGCCCAGAAGAAGGGACUGAACAGCAGGAAGUUGAACGUGAACAAGACGAAGAACGAAAACAAGGCCCAGAAGAAGCGACUAAACAGCAGGAAGUUAAACGUGAACAAGACGAAGAACCAGAGCGAGGCCAAGAAGAACCCACUGAACAGCAGCAGGUUGAAUCUAAAAGAAACAAAGCACCAAAAGAUGACCAUGAAGAACCAACUACAGAGCAGGAAGUUGAACAAGAUCAUCAAGCAGAUUCAAAGGGAAACAAAGAAGUAAGUGAGACGCAACGAGAAAAACAGGAGCGAAAUGAAGCCGAUGAAAAACCUGAGCGAAAGCUGAAAGGAGACGACCAGGAAUCCAAACAACAGGGCACUCAACAACAAGAAGAAAAAGAACCGAACGUCGACCAUGCAGGGCCUGAUGAGCUAAAGGAUGCAAGUAAAGAGAAGAACAAGUCGAAAAGAAAUGAAAACGAAAGUGAACAGCAACAAGAGGAAAAUGAACAAGAUGAGCAGGAGAAAGAAGAACACCCUGAAGAAACCGAAAAGCAGCAAAUUAAUUGUGAUCAAGAAGAACGAGAACAAGACCAUAAGGAUCCUAAACUCGAGCAAAUUGGACAAGAAAAACCAAAAGGAGAAGAUGAAGAUUCUAAGAAAGAGCAACUGGAUUAUGAACAACCAAAAGAAGACCAUGAAGAACCUAUGAAAGACCAACUGCAGCAAGAAAAACCAAAAGGAGAGAAUCAGGAACCUAAACAAGAGCAACUGGAAACUGAAACGCCAAAAGAAGAGUAUGAAAAACCCAACCAAAAGCAACUGGAAGACGAGAAGUCAAAAGGAGCAUGUGAGGACUCCCAACAGCAGGCUGAUGAGUCCGCGGAAGAUAAAUCUUCACGACAGCAGCAGCUGAUUGCAGACGAAGGUAUGUUUUGCCACCCUCCAUUUUCGCCAAAAUUCAAAGUUUUGGAGCAUUAAUUUCUCGUUUAUCAGUCUGGGUAGAGGAAAUAUUUCUUCAUUACUCCAAAACUCUUGGUUAUUUGUUUUAGGCGACAAUGUUAACUAAAGUAUCAUGAUAAUGAGUUGCUUUGUUAUUCAACAGGAGAUUACGAAGAAGAUGAUGCGGUACUGGAUACACGUCUGUAAUUUCUAGCAUUGACUCAUCAAUUCCUUUUCAGUUCUAGUUAUCGUUUUAGUAAUAGAAAGGUUACAUACCGUUAUAUCGUGAAAAUAAUGCAUUUAUAAUUAUUUAACCAAGAGCCUUAGAGGAUAACUCAUAUAAAAUAUUACAGUAAUUAGUGCGAGCCCGCAAUGUUUGUUUUCAUUUUUUUAUAGUCUGAGUUGUCGUAGACAAGUACAAACAGCUACAGGAGAAAGGAAGUUAGUAUGGUAUGCUAAAUAGAUAAUCGUGAAAGCAUAUUUACGGCCGUGUUGCGUUUCCAGUGUCGUCAGAAGUUUCCGCAACUGAUUUUAUUUCAAUAUUAUUAGAUUUAUUACUAAUUAUAAAAAUGAUUUAACUAUUUAUUCAGCAUUCAGUUGCAUAUAUUACUCGUUAUUUAUUGACUUUAGUCCUAGCAUGUUCUUUAGUAGGUGGCUUAAUUGUUAUUACAAUGCUACGCCACUAAUCGUAUUUACUCCACUGCACACAUAUAUCAAGUGCACAGGUCAGAUAAUGUAUUUUCAUCUGACUCCUUUAUUUAUUCACCUUUGCUGUUAACCUACGAUUUAAGUUAAAAUUUUGUAGGAGCUUGCACAAAAAUAGAAGAAAAAACUAUCACAGGAGUGAAACCCAAGUGAGAAUGUUAUAAAAAGUGUGAAACGUUUCAUAAUUUAUUGUCAAGCCAUUUAGUGUCUAAUUAAAAAAAAAAUAUAAAA